AUGUAUGAGUCAGAGAUUCUUUGGGUAUGGUUUGAAGAAGGUGAUGUGGAGAACGCUGGGAGCAGAGGUACUUUUUCAGGUACUUCACUGUUUGGGGGUGGGGAGGUGUGUGGCCUUGAGGCCCUGGAGCUUGGACAGGACACAGAAAGGAAGCCGGCCGGUCCCGCGCUGAGGACACGGGCACCUUGGCUUUCUGGCUCGGUUGCAAAGCGGUACGCGGGCCAUCCCGGCGGCAUCCGUGCGACGCCCCGACCCCUGGCAGCCCCCGGCGCGAGGACCGCGCCCACCCCCGCCCCGCCUCCUCAGGCUCGGCCCGCGGGCCGCGCGGCCCAGGUGCAGCCGCCGGCGCGUCCCCGCGCCCCUUCCCCCUCCCGGCGACUUCCUGGUUUGCAGAAGGUGCAGGAGCCGCUGCGGGCGGCCCCGCUCGCCGGAACUGGGAGGCCCCAGCUUGGGGCCAAUCCAGAGAGAACCUUUGAUUUGGUAUUGAAAGUAAAAUGUCAUGCCUCUGAAGAUGAAGAUCCUGUGGUCUUGUGGAAAUUCCCAGAGGACUUUGGAGACCAGGAGGUACUACAGAGCGUGCCAAAGUUCUGUUUCCCUUUUGACGUUGAAAGGGUAUCUCAAAAUCAAGUUGGACAGCACUUUACCUUUGUACUGACAGACAUUGAAAGUAAGCAGAGAUUUGGAUUCUGCAGACUCACAUCAGGAGGCAAAAUUUGUUUAUGCAUCCUUAGUUACCUACCAUGGUUUGAAGUGUAUUAUAAGCUUCUAAAUACUCUGGCAGAUUACUUGGCUAAGGAACUGGAAAAUGAUUUGAAUGAAACUCUCAAAUCACUGUAUAACCACCCAGUACCAAAGGCAAAUACCCCUGUCAAUUUGAGUGUGAACCAAGAAAUAUUUAUUGCCAGUGAACAAGUUGUGAAAGAUCAGCUCUAUGUAGUACCGCAUUCCUACUUCAUUGCCCCUGAUGUAACUGGACUCCCAACAAUACCUGAGAGUAGAAAUCUCACAGAGUACUUUGUUGCUGUGGAUGUGAACAAUAUGCUGCAACUGUAUGCCAGCAUGCUGCACGAACGGCGUAUCGUCAUCACCUCUAGCAAAUUAAGCACUUUAACUGCCUGUCUCCAUGGAUCAGCUGCUCUCCUAUACCCCAUGUACUGGCAACAUAUAUACAUCCCAGUGCUUCCUCCACACCUGCUGGACUACUGCUGUGCCCCAAUGCCAUACCUGAUUGGAAUACACUCCAGCCUAAUAGAGAGAGUGAGAAACAAAUCAUUGGAGGAUGUGGUGAUGUUAAAUGUUGAUACAAACACUUUAGAGUCACCAUUUAAUGACUUGUACAACCUACCAAGUGAUGUGGUCUCGGCCUUGAAAAAUAAACUGAAGAAGCAGUCCACAGCUACCGGGGAUGGAGUAGCUAGGGCCUUUCUGAGGGCACAGGCUGCUUUGUUUGGAUCCUACAGAGAUGCACUGAGAUACAAACCUGGUGAGCCCAUCACUUUCUGUGAGGAGAGUUUUGUAAAGCACCGCUCAAGUGUGAUGAAACAGUUCUUGGAAACUGCAGUUAACCUCCAACUAUUUAAGCAGCAUUUAUUUUUGAUCAGCUGUUUCUGGCAUCUUUCAUAUAUUCCAGGAAACCCGAGGUCAUAUCAACAAUGGGUGCACACAGUCAAGAAAGGAGGAGGUGCACUGUUCAACACAGCAAUGACCAAAGCAACUCCUGCUGUACGGACAGCAUACAAAUUUGCAAAAAGUCAUGCAAAGCUGGGACUAAAGGAAGUGCGGAGUAAGUUAAAACACAAGGAAAAUGAGGAAGAUUAUGGGACCUGUUCUGGGUCUGUACAGUAUACACCAGUUUACAUGUUACAUAACGAAAAGGAAGCAAAGGAAAAGUUUGUCCAGGCCCGCUUAAAAAGACCUCUUAAGAGCCUCGAUGGAGCUCUGAAUGAUGAGGAUGAUGAUGACCAUGAAAGAGCAAGCAAGUUGUCUUCUGAAGAUGGUGAAGAAGCCUCUGCUUAUUUUUAUGAAAGUGAUGACUCUGUUGAAACAAGAGUAAAGACCCCUUACUCAGGUGAAAUGGACUUACUGGGAGAGAUCCUUGAUACCUUGAGCACACACAGCUCAGAUCAAGGGAAGCUGGCAGCUGCAAAAAGCUUGGAUUUCUUCAGAUCAAUGGAUGAUAUUGAUUACAAGCCUACGAAUAAAUCCAAUGCUCCGAGUGAGAAUAACCUGGCCCUCUUCUGUGGUGGUUCUGGGGAUCAGGCAGAGUGGAACCUGGGGCAGGAUGACAGUGCCCUUCAUGGCAAACACCUCCCUCCAUCUCCCAGGAAACGGGUUUCCUCUAGCGGUUUGACAGAUUCUCUCUUUAUCCUGGAAGAGGAAAAUAGCGAAAAACACCUCAGCGAUGACAGUGUGGGUGGCCCUCCUGCAACCGGUAAACCAGCCACAACUUCAGGACUGGAUUUCCCACUGGCAUCCCCCGAAGUCUCCCGAACCAACGAAGGAAAAACAGACAAGAAGGAAACACUAAGCCAGAUCUCAGGUGAUCUGCUCACAUCUAGCCCCGGGCAACGUUCAUCUACUUUUGUUCCAUGGGAAAAAGAAGGGAAAGAGGCCAAAGAGACUGCAGAAGACAUCGGACUGCUCCAUGAAGUAGUGUCAUUAUGUCAUUUGUCAUCUGACUUCCAACAGAGCUUAAACAUUUCAGAAGAAAGUGGGAGCGGAAACCAAGCCUAAGUCUUACACCCAGGAUUCUAUGGAGACAUUGUGGGAUUCCACGCCAUCUGUAUAAUAAACACUUGUAGGAAUGAAAAUUCUUACUGCUAUUUAAUUUUUUUUCAUUGGGAACAUAUAUUUCCCGCACUUGUUCAUUUCAUGGAUAUAUGUUACCCAUUGAUUUUUAAAUAUAAAGCAAAUUACUCUUCUGUGCUUUUAAAUCAGGUACUAGUAUGGAUGUACACAUAUGUACUGAACAUAUGAUUUCCUAGUAUUUGGUGCUUACUGCCAUUCUUUUUAUUUAAACUAAGUAUGCAUAUAUAACCCAUGCACAUAACCAGUAGCUACUCUACUAAUCUGGUUGAGCAUGAACUGAUCAAGAUAUCAAAACUAGCCUGAAACUGAUAAAACUGUUAUCCCACUAAUUGCCUUAAUCUUAAAGCUGUAUUAAGCAUACUUAAAUAAUUUAUGAAAUUACAUGUAAAGUUUGGAGGAUAAGUUAUUGGUGUUCAGAGCAAUAAUGCCUUUUUCUAGUCAUCAAAUCAAGGUCAAAAUUCAUUUUUUUCAAGAUUAAAAAGCUCUUUUCUAGAAAUACUUUGAUUAUGUAAGGGCACUGCAGCCAUGUUUUCCAAAAAGCAUAAAGGUAUACAUUUACCUUUUAUUCAGUGAUAUAUGAAGUGCUGAAUUCUAAUGUGAAGUUAAUGACUUCUGUUUACAAGGGAGACACUGUAAAAAUGUUCAGUCUCUCUGCCUGCCUUUGCUGUCUAGGGGUCCACCCGAAGAAAGCCAAAUGCAACAUAAACUAUCCUGA